CAGACGGAGCUGCAUAAGCUCACCGCGACUCUCGAGUAUCUUCGUCUUCAGUGCCCUUUAGCCAACCGUAAUUCUGACAGACCUCCUGGUUCGAGCACUUUUGUCCAACAUCUCUUGUCUUCUGGUCCUGGACUGUUCAGCCCGGCCCAGGCACCAGUCACAUCUGCCUCAACAGACAACUUGCGCGCAGUUAUUGCUUCCCUCCCUUCGCAAUACAUCCCCGAAUCUCAGCUCCAUGCCCCACUGCAACAUCAAGAAAACGAUCAUUUUCACCAGCAUCAUGUACUCCUUCACUCACAUCUACCGCAGCAGUUAUCAGGAGAAGGCAAUCCAGCCGGAUAUGACACUCUUGAUCACAUGCAUGCCUCGAGUCUUGGAUCGCUCGAUCGUCUUCGUACCUUCAAUAGGCUCGGCAAGCUUGAGUUGGCCAAAUUCGGACCCCUUGAAUCUGGCGAGACGACGCCUCCACUACCAUCUUCUGGUAUGAAUAGGUUCUCUCCGACCUGCUUUUCUGUUGCCUCACAUUCUACAAAUCCAAUUCACGAGAAUAUUGAGUACGAAGUGAGUCAAAGAUGA